AGACAUGAACCCAUAACUUUAAAAAUAUAAUGGGUUCAAUACUAAAAUUUUUAAAAAUUGAACCCAUAGGGUUUAAAUCCUGGAUUUGCCCCUGCUUCAAAUCUAACUGUUAAUUAGUGAAGAGUAAAUUUGAACACUUUUUCUUUUUAGAUUGUCAAACUCACGACCAUGAUUGAUAUAUUUCCCAGGUAUAUGCUAUUUUUAAUUUGUUUUAUUUUACAUUGCUUUUUAAUGUAUUGAAAAAGACCCCCACGUUCUCCAGGUAAGAUGCUCAAUCUCCUUUCCCAUAUCACUUCCACCUUUUCCUAAUUAUACGUUUGGACAGUUGAUAGUACUGAUAAUACUUAAUCCUUUUCCCAAUGAUUGGUAUAUAAACUCUAGUCAUUGUGAGCCAGGGUUUACCUAAUUAAUUAGAUCUAGUGUUUCUAUACACCCUCUGAAGGGUUGCAUCAUUUUGUCCUUAACUGGUUGAAGUUUAACCAAGUCUAUCUUAGUUGUACUUGGCCCAUUUUCCACAAAAAAAUAUUACUAGUACUAUUUUAAAAGGUUGGGGCAUAUUCUGCUUAUUAAAUAUUCUUGGUUGCUGAGUCCUAGGAUUUAUAUAUUGAUAUACCAACCAAAGUCAAUCCAUCCUGACAUUCCCUUUUAUUUGUUCUGGUAUAAAUAUGCGCCUCUAUCUCCUACUUUUUCCAAGAAAUUGAGCUUCCCCAUUAUAAAGCAGUUAAAUAGCACAACUCCUUCAUAUAGCAGUAUUUCCUUCAGGCUCUAGUUGUAAUAACAGUAUGGAGCCUGUGGCGUCAAUAUCAGGGGAAUGGAGCUCCUUCAGCGGAAUGUGUUUAGCUGACGAGGCUGAUUUUAUGGCACAGUUACUUGGUAACUGUUCACUUCCAAACGAACUACCAUGUAGUUCUAACUUUGGAGUCUCCCCCGCAUAUUGGACUGGUCAUGAAUCAAACAUGAACAUGGGAGGAGCAAGAGAAGUUUCUGUGUAUUCUUCAAAUGACACUAACAAUAGUAUGUAUACUGAUGGUAGUAGCCUUCUUUUUUCCCCUCCGAGUCAUGAAAAUUACUAUUCAAGUCAUUCUCGGCCUAUCUUGAUGAGAAAUGAUAGUUCAAUAACAAUGGAACAUGGUCUGGUGGAUACUAAUAAUCCAAGUGAAGCGGAUGACUUCCUUAACCAAGAUGUGAGCAAUGACAGCAUGGAGUUUGAUGAAAACAUGCCUGAAGCGGCUCUCAAUGGAAAAGGCUUGCAGCUAGGAAGAACAGAUUAUGAACAAUUUUCGGAAGACAAAAUGGAUAGUCCAUCAGAAAGCUCUAAGAAAAGAUCACGGCUGCAUGGGCUUGGGCAUGUCCCGAAGAACAAGAGAAGCGCAAAGCUGGAGAAGGAUCUAAAGAGUGGUGAGAUGGAUGGGAAAAAUAAGGUUGUGCUUCAGAGGCAGAACUCUACGAUCAGUUGCUGCUCAGAAGAUGAAUCUAAUGUUUCUCACAUGUUAACCCGGAAAACCAGAGCCAGCAGGGGUUCAGCAACUGACCCCCAGAGCUUGUAUGCAAGGAAAAGAAGAGAGAGAAUUAAUGAGAGAUUGAGGACCUUGCAGACUCUCAUCCCUAAUGGAACGAAGGUUGAUAUUAGCACCAUGCUUGAAGAGGCUGUCCAGUAUGUCAAAUUUUUGCAACUCCAAAUCAAGCUUUUGAGCUCUGAUGAUCUAUGGAUGUAUUCUCCCAUUGCAUACAACGGAAUGGACCUUGGGCUCGAUCUGAGGAUUGAUAUCCCAAAAUGAUAAAGUUGAAAGCUCAAGAGAUGGCAGUGCUAGCUGGAUUUCUGUCUUCGUAAAUUGAGAGCAUUAUCAUACAGAGAGAGAAAGAAACGUUGCAGUUUUAUAAUGGUUUCUAUUUAAAAUACUUACUGCUGAAAGAUUAGUUUUUAUCUUAUCCACGAAGCUAAUCAUUCUGCUUAUCAAAUAUUCAAAUGUAAUAACUUUACUUUCUGGCUGCGGCUGGCUGUCAUUUGAUGAAGGGUUUUAUAUUA